AUGGGAUCACCGCUGAAACCACUCGCACCGCCUACAGCUUGCGCGCAAGCGGCGCCUAGAGCUGUCAGGUCGCCACUGAAGGAGAAUGAUCCUAAUCAUCAACCUAGACCCUCCAAGGCGUGUACUACGCUUACUACUACUCAGCCCUUCCAAGGGAAAAAGAGAUCCCUCAACUUAUUGGAGGAGACUGAGAAGGGUCGUCACAAACGUAAUAGACAGACAGGACUUUCUUAUACUGCGACUACAUCUGGAGGUGCAAAUGCAGCGUCGAGUGGGGCUCCUGGCAGAACAAUUGAGGGCGCGGUGCUCAUCUCUAGACAGCAGGCACAGCGCCGGGCUGAGCAAUCCAAGAUAACAGCCAAAGAUCUUUUAGACUGGCAGCAAAACUGGCGACGGAUUAUGAGAAAAGACACGAGAAUUUACUUUGACACAACCAUUGUGGACCAUCAUCAGGGCUCGAAGCUGGAAAAGCGUAAGGAGUUGCUGAAGCGUGGGUUUUCCACGUUGGGGGCACGCAUGAAGGCGUUCUUCGAUAUGGAGGUAACAAUCGUCAUCACGAGCAGGAAACUAGAUAAGUACGAAAAUUUACCCGAGAUAGACGUGUUGUAUAGAGCACAUAAGAAUGGGUAUAUGAAGAUAUGGAACUAUGACAAGGCAAUGAGAUUCUUAAAAAACCUAGAUGUGGAUCUGGACGCGAUAGAAAAACAGCAACAAUACGGCAUUUGCCAAACUUCCCAUGGGUCAAUACUGAUGAUGGGUGCAAACCAAUCCCAUAAUAGUGUGUCUGUAGGCGGUGUCAUUACUGCAACAACAAAUGCGACAGCUACACUGUCCAACCUGUUAGAAAAUGAAAGGUUGUACGGCCCGAACGACCGAGAUCCACGAACUAAAAGAGAUGAUGUUCAUUACUUCAAAUACCCUCAUGUUUAUUUGUACGACUUAUGGCAGACAUGGGCACCCUUAAUUACCAUGGAGUGGAAACCUUCUGAGAUCAACGAUCCAGAAAAGUUGCCCUAUCCUAAUAUAAAGCCAGGUACUUUUGGGAGAUGUCCCUUUGUGGGAGAUGGUAGCUGUGAUGAGCUCUCCACCAGAAGAAUUUUAAAAAGAUAUAAACGAGAUUGCUUGAAUGAAAAGUAUGCGUUAAAACUAAGACUUCUAUAUCAGGAUUCUGCAGAGCCUAGACCUUUGUCUGACAUCCGUGAUGACGAACAACCUUUGUUCAUACCACAUUCUGGAAAGUAUAUGGACAGCAAAAAGAAGUAUAUGGAAGUAAUGGGCAUUGAUGACACAAGGUGCAAAAAGCCUCCUCCUAUUACACUACUAACAAGACAAGAAACUACAGGCGAAGAAUCUCUAGCUAAUGAUGAUCUUUGUAAGCGUAAAAGUCGAAUUCCGCAGGAAAUCAAAGCUAGUGGUGUGAACCAAUCCUUAGACACUAAUGCUGGCGGAUCAUUUUCCAUGGGUAAUGGCUUAGCCCCUAUUAAAGCAUCCAACUUGAAUAAAAGCUUAAAAUCCCUUAAUAGAUUGGUUGUCGACCGCAAGUUCACACAACAGACAAUCCCCCACCCUCCUCAAGCGGCAAAGAAUUCAGCAUCAGUAACAUCUGGCGCUACUGCAUGUCUGGAUAAGAAAUCAGUCUCACCACAAGAAUCCGCCACCUUGACCGCUACCGCUGCUACUGCAAGUCCAACCCCUGCAAAAAGACCCCUACAAGGGAAGCUAGGCGGUGGCUACUGUGAAAAUUGUCGCGUUAAAUAUGAACAUCUAGACCAGCAUAUCCAGACUGAAAAGCAUCAAAGCUUUGCGCAAAACCAUUUGAACUUCGAAAGGAUAGAUUCCUUGAUUAAUACAUUACGAGAAGAAUAUACCCUCUAUGGUUCCUCUCAAUAG